AUGAUUAGUGCGAAGUGUGACUAUAUAAGGUUGGGUUUUGUAUUUCUGCCAAAUAGUAUAUCUCCUAGCGCGAGCGCUUGCUUGAAUUUACUUUUUACUCAGAUGGAUAUACCAGAGAAAUACAAGUAUCUGUUCAAGUUUCUGAUUAUUGGGGCUUCAGGCUCUGGAAAAACAUGCAUUUUACGAAGAUAUACUGAAGGAAAAUUCAUACCCAAUAUGCCUCAUACAAUUGGAGCAGAAUUUGGCAGUAAGAUCAUAAAUGUAGAUGGAACAACUGUUAAAAUUCAGAUAUGGGAUACUGCAGGUCAGGAGCGUUUUCGAUCAGUGGCUCGUUCAUAUUACCAUGAUGCUGUUGGAGCAUUGCUAGUCUAUGAUAUUACUAGUAGAGAUUCGUUUAAUGAACUAGCCUCUUGGUUAUCCGAUGCAAGAACUCUUGCUUCACCUGAUAUCAUGAUUGUACUAGUUGGAAAUAAAAAAGAUUUACAGGAUAGUGAUGGACAUGUAACUAAUUGGGAGGCUAGUGCAUUUGCUCAAGAUAAUGAUCUUCAUUUCUUGGAAACAUCAGCACUUACUGGUGAAAAUGUUGAAGAAGCUUUUAUUCAAUGUGUUCGUAAACUUGUUUUUAAAAUUAAAAAUGGUGAAUUAGAUCCAGAUCGUUUAAAAUGUAAUCGACACUCAUCUAGUUUAACAUUUAUAGAACAAUCAAAACUUAAUUCUAUCCCACAAGUUCAUGUACAAAAUAAUGAUUCAACACUAUCAUAUGAAUGUAAUUGUUGAUAAGAUUUUAAAUUUUUUAUUAUUUAUCUUAUGACAUUAUUACUACUUAAAUAGACAUUCAUCAUUUGUUCUUUUAUACAUAUAUAUAUGUAUCAAGAAAUAGAAUCUUUGAUUUUUAAUUAACUUCAUGUAUGUUUCUCGUUUAUUUUGUUCUUUAUUUUCAAUAUUUUAAUGUAUUCCAAAAUUUAUCAAAUUAGUUUUCAUAAUUUAAUUUGCAUUUCAAUGAUUGAUUUCAUGUAUAUUCCAUAGAUCUUUUGUGGAAACAAUUCAAUCUUUUAAAUGACAAGUUUAAAUUUGUUCUUUAUGUCAUUUUAUUGAAAUAUUUGAUUUAAUAUUUUAUUAUUUUCAUAUAAAAGUCUUUAUGGCUUAUAGUCUAUAAUUUAUAAUACAAUAUGUAUAAUUUAAUUGUAUUAUAAUUUUCGUCGCUUCGGUUUCUCAGGUUUUCUUUUUUUUAUUUCUGAGAAGCUUAAUAGUUAUACUCUUUGUCUUAUCCCUUUGAAUAAAUUAGCAGUCAGUGACUAUAUGCGCGUUGUUUUUGUUUGAUGAUAUUUAGCAAACCUAAUCAAUAAUGAGAUGACUUGAUAGUUUUAGCUAUGUAGUUUAGGUACAAUUUCACCUGUAUUUGGCAGGUUAUUCAGGAAAUGACACUAGACUGAUAAGACUUAAUAAAAUACUUUUAAUUAUGUACUUAUCGUUAGUAAUUCGUGUGAUUUUAUUAUUAUUUUCACGAAAUCAAUCAAGAUGUAAUAUUUUUCCUCUUUUGUAUUAUUACUUAUGCCUUUUACUCCUAAUGGAGCAUAGGCCUCCGAUCAGCAUUCUCCAACCCACUCUGUCCUGGGUCUUUUUUAAUUCCACUCCAUUUCCCGGUGUAAUGUGUUCUUUGUUCUUCCUCUUUUCCUUUGGCCUUGAGGAUUCCAUGUGAGGGGUUGUCUUGUGACUCAGUUGGGUGCUUUCCUCAAUGUGUGUCCUAUCCACUUCCAGCGCUUCUUCCUCCGCUGGGAUCUGGUUUGUUCUUUCCCACAUUUGGUUGUUACUAAUAGUGUCCGGCCAACGGAUCCGAAAUAUUUUUUGUAUUAUAUUCAUAUAAUUUAACUCUAUCAAUUUUAAUCCAUCACUCAUGCACAACAUCUAUUAACUAAAUCAAAACUUCUAUAUAUAUACUUUAUGUUAUCACUUUUAGAUUUGUAACCGUAGUGUUUAAAAGUUGUUUAGAAAAACAAUUGUUCUCUAAAUAUUUCAUAGUGAUUUUUAAAUUACUUAUUUUCACAGUACUCAAAAUCGUUUGCAAUGUUGCAGUUGCAUCCACUGUGUGUUCUCUCAAAUUCUAAUCUGAAUUCUUCAUGUCCUUUAUUUUCUUUCCAAAUUUAUCUCACUGGUUUAUACUCCUUGAAUAACAUUUUCAAACAUUAAUCUUUCUAAUUACUGCUUAUAAUUUUACUACCUUUACCACUAUGGGAUUUGAAUCGACAACUGCAUCUCUGUGCUAAUGUGUGGCAACUCGAACUGAUGUACGUACGUACGAAGUUCUACGUUGUUGCUGACUGACUGACAGUACUUAGAUGAUCUAAUAACAAACAAGUUUCUAAUGAAACUUCGAAUUAAAGUAUUAAAAAAAAUGAAUUCAAGUAAUUGUUGAGCAAAAUAAUUGUAUUUAAUGGUAUGUUUAUUUACAC